AUGUCCCAAGUGAGAGAACCUCUUCCUCCGGGGCCUGAAGGGCCAGAGCAAGCUCCGACUGAAAACAGCUCUUUGAUCUCUCUCCCUCGAGAAAAAACUGACCAAGAGAAUACUGCGUCAGGAGAUAAAGACAUAAAACAGCCUUCCAGUAACCAAAGUAUACAACCAGAGAUACAAGACCAGUCCGUCUGGGGAAAUCGCGCUGAUGGUGACCUCAUCAGAACACAACCUCAACGUUUGCCUCAGCCGAAUACUUCAGCACUGGAAAGGGGUGAGGAAGAAAGUGGCAAAAUCCAAAACGGCCACGUGGGUCUGAGUAAUGGAAGUGGAAUUCACAACGGGGUCAAGCACACACCUGCAGACAACAGAAAACUUUCAUCACCUGUUUCAGAAAAAAUGCACAGAAAAAUUCAGUCUACCUUGUCUGUCAACAGCAACAGCAGCAAGAAGAGUAAAAUAAGCUCUGCGUUUUCUCAAAAGCCAGGUACUUCACCUGAAG